UCCCCCGCGGCGAUGGCAUGGGAGUGGAUUCUUCUGACCGCGCCGCCGCCAGCGUGGCUCCCAGCCACGACGGUCAGCCCAAGAACAGCGGCGUGCUCAACGGCUCCAAGCAGGACCAUGUCAACGAGCAGAUCCAGACCAUCAAUCGCCGCGGUGCCGGAUCCCCUUGGAACGACGGCUCUGACAAGCCCACCCGUCACGACGACCACAGCGACUCGGACGAGGCCAACCGCACCGGCAAGAACGAUGGCAUUCUCAACGACGCCCACCUGGCCGAUGUCAACGCCCAGGUCCAGAACAUCCACGCGAAGCGCGGCGGAAACCCCUGGGACGAUGAGUCCGACAAGAAGUUCGACGACCACAGCGGCUCCAACGAUGCCAACCGCGUCGGCAAGAACGACGGCAUUCUCAACGACGUCCACCUGGUCGAUGUCAACGCUCAGGUCGAGAAGCUCCACCUGAAGCGCGGCGGAAACCCGUGGGACGAUGAGCCCAGGAAGUCUGAGAGCCACGACGACCACAGCGGCUCCAACGAUGCCAACCGCGUCGGCGAGAACAACGGCCUCCUCAACGACGUCCACCUGAUCGAUGUCAACGCUCAGGUCGAGAAGCUCCACCUGAAGCGCGGUGGAAACCCUUGGGACAAGCCCACCGAAAAGCACGAUGACCACAGCGGCAACAACAACGCCAACCAGGUCGGCAAGAACGACGGUGUCCUUAACGACGCUCACUUGGCCGACGUCAACGCCCAGGUCCAGGACAUCCACGUGAAGCGCGGUGGAGAUGAUGCCCCUUGGGGUAGGCCCACCGAGGAGCACGAUGACCACAGCGGCAACAACAACGCCAACCAGGUCGGCAAGAACGACGGUCUUCUCAACGAUGUCCACCUCAUCGAUGUCAACGCGCAGCUCGAGAAGCUCCACCUGAAGCGCGGCGGUCCUCUCGACGGAGUCGUCGGCAAGGUGCUUCCUGGUUCCGGUUCCGGCCGCGAGGAGCCCAGCCGCUACGGAGAGAACAAGGGCACCGAGAACGGAGCCACUCUGGACCACGUCAACGAGCAGGUCCAGAACAUCAAGCGCAACUAAUCUGCAAGAGGCUCGGGCAACUCGGGCGGUGGCCUUGGCUGAGGACUUGAACGAGGAUGUUCUCUAAAUGCUGCUCAUGUCAGCAUCGAGGCUGGAUGGCUGGUAUACCAACACCGUGGAGUCUAGCUGAAUUUCGGGGAUGCAGGAUGACUGGCGAUGGUUUCGGGUGGUCAAGAAUAUCGAUGACUUGCAGGCCGGUACUUGGAAGCAAGGCGAUUGUAUAAC